UCCUUUCCAUAUGCCGGUUGAAAAGGGGGAAACCGUGGCUUGCUGUGUAUUUUCCUACGAAACACAGGCAUUUGGAUACACGAACCGUCAUUCACGUUGGAUAAUCAAAGUGUAUAGCUAAGGGACUUAGCGUGUUAAACUAGACAGAAUGAGCGAGGAAAUUAAAGAUAACAUGACCAACACAAACGGUGCUGAUGUGACUCACACAGCAGCAGAGACAGCAGACAGCGAUGUGACAUACUACACCUUGGAAGAAGUAAAAACUCAUAAUAAGCGCACGGACGCAUGGCUUAUCAUCCACGAUAAAGUCUAUAACAUCACCAGUUUCUUGGCAGAGCAUCCAGGAGGUGAGGAUGUUUUGAUGGCACAGGCCGGUACAGAUGCCACAGUGAGCUUUGAGGAUGUUGGUCACUCUAAAGAUGCCAGAGCGAUGCUCAUCAACUACUACAUUGGGGAGCUCAAGAUGGAUGACCGGGAGGACGGCACAAAGGAAGAAUUCAUUACAACUUCAGGAGAUGGCUCCAGCUCGUGGACAACAUGGUUAAUACCUGCCAUAGUUGCAGUUGUUGUGGGUAUCAUGUAUCGAUACUACAUGCAGGAGCGCAAGUCUCCCUGAGCCCUGACGCUGUCUCUUCUCAUUCUUUCUGUCUGGAGGCCUUGACAUGUUUGACCAACCCCCCCCAUUGAACACAACUUUUCAGAGGUGCGGACAAGGACAAAUCAAUCUCCUUGCCCCUUGGCUUUCUUUUCUACACCUCAUCCAACAGGCUUUGGGCAAGAUGCAUCUGGAAACUUUCUCCCCUCAGUGUCUUUACAUUGGUUUCUUAUCUAUUCAUAGUGUUAACUCACUGCCUUUUUGUAGUAAUUAUUGUGUGGUCUUAAGUUAUUCAUAUGCAAAUGUUCUAAACUAUCUGCUUUGUGGGACUCUUACAGUAAGCUCCAAAGGUAUUGGGACUCAUUAUUAUAUUUUUUGGGGCUCUGUACUCCAGCACUUUAGAUUUGAAAUGAUACAAGGACUAUGCUGUUAAAGUGCAGACUGUCAGGGUAUUUGCAUCCAUAUCAGGUGAACCGUUUAUAAAUUACAGCACUUUUUGUUCAUGGUCCCCCAUUUUAGGGGAUCAAAGAUAAUGGCACAUUGAUUUGUGUAUUUGGUCCCAUAUUCACAGCACGCAAUGACAACAUUAAGGUUGUGAUGGGGGGGUGUCACUUCACUGUCCCAAUACUUUUGGAGCUUUCUGUAUUACACAAUUUGUUCAGACAUGUUUUGUGGCUAACCCCACAUCUGUUUGACUGUAGGUCUAGGAAGUAGAAAUGUAGUAGGGCAUAGCAACACAGGUUAUGGGGUCAUAUCUAUGAAAUAAUGCUGUUUUCUUACGGAGAAUUCUGAAUAGCGUUGAGUUGCAUAAUCCUUGUUAGUCUUAAUUCUCCUCAGACUGCUGCCCAGUAUAAUUUCUGGUGACUGAAUAACAUCGGAAAAGGUAGCAACAAAGCAUUCUAAUGUAUGUUUGCUUGAGAGUACAUUGUCAUGCAACUUGUCAUUUCAAACUUAAAUCAUUGAUUUGAACCAAUGACUUGAUUGCACAACAUGCCUCAUUAAAAGUACUUCAUUUAUGUUCAGCUAUUCGUUGCAUGCAUUGAGAGAACGAGGCCUACUCGAAAUCAGGCAAUCAACAUUUUGCAUUACGAAGGCUGCACACAAUCUACAGUAUUCUCUUUUGCUGUCUUGGGGAUAAGUACAUUUCACUUUAAAUCAUCAACUCUCCUUUUCUAGUCUUACACUAAGCAUUUAUUUGGUGAUACUAUGCUUUAAAAAACAUGAAGUAUGAGAAUUGGUGUGUAUUAUAACCUGUGUUAAUUCAAUUGCAUAACACUGUGCAGGAUAUGUCUGUCUCUUCCUAUGCACAUCCUUUAGCACUUAACUGCUGCCCUGUGAGUGAAUUCUAAUGGUUGGACUAAAAUUGUUGAACUCUUGAAGGCAUAAAACACUUUUGCAUUCG